AUGUCUUUCACUGAGGAUCAAGAAAAAAUUGCACUAGAAAUAUUGUCAAAGGACAAGCAUGAGUUUUAUCAAAUUUUGAGAGUGGAUAAGAAGGCUACAGAUGGCGAAAUUAAAAAGGCAUACAGAAAAUUAGCCAUAAAACUACAUCCUGACAAGAAUCCUCAUCCUAAGGCGAGUGAAGCAUUCAAAAUAAUUAAUAGAGCGUUUGAAGUGCUAAGUAAUGAGGAGAAACGUAGUCUUUACGACAGGAUAGGAAGAGACCCUGACGAUAGACAAAUGCCAUCUUCUAGAGGCGCCGCUUCAGGAUUUCAGGGAAACGCUGGUGGUUCUCCAAUGGGUGGCGGAUUUGAAGACAUGUUUUUCAAUUCACGUUUCGGUGGCCAAAGAGCUGGCCCACCGGAAGACAUAUUUGACUUUUUGUUCAACGGAGGUGGCAGUCCCUUCGGUGGUUCUCCAUUUGGGCCUUCUGCUUCUACUUUUUCAUUUGGUGGUCCAGGUGGUUUCAGAGUUUAUACUAAUAAUCGUGGAGGCUCGCCGUUCAUGCGCCAACAACCUCGCUCAAGACAACGUCAACAGCAAACAGAAGAAAAUGCGGCUAAUUCACAGCUGAAGAAUCUGCUUGUUCUUUUUAUUAUCUUCAUCGUUCUCCCUAUGAUUAAAGAUUAUUUGUUUGGUUGA